UGAGAAGAAAAUAAACUUUGGAUGUACUAUUUUAUUUUUCCCUUUUUCUUACUUUCGUGUGCGGAGGCGAAGAGGCGGAGGAAACACAAUUUGACGGGACAUAUUGUGUUUUCACUGACAAGUGCUGCUGCGCCGCGGGGAGAGCUCUGUAAAGCGCCUGUGCCAUGUAGCAACACUCUGCGAGUGAGAAUCCGCCUGGAAAUAUAGGCUAUACCCACACAGCACUGAGCUGUAGUUAUUUUUACUUGAAGGGGAAGCUGCAGAUUUGCUGUGAAGCCUCGUCGUCGCAGUGAAAAAAAAGCGCAGGAGAGAAAAAAUAAUACAACAAAUUGUCGAGGAGCAGGAGAAGCGCGGGAGAAGAGGCGAUAUAUGCGGCAGCUGCGUCUGCACUUGGUCUCCUGGAUUUAGUGGAUGAAUUGGAAGGGAGCGGCUGUCGCCUUGAACCGGGGAUUCACAGUAUACUGUACAGAGCCUGCGGUGCUGCACAAUGGAUACUGGUCCGUCUCUGAAGGUGAAAAAGUGAACGGAUGAGGUGGAGCACCCCUUCCUCUCACACAUUCACACACACACACAUCACCUUGCAACGCUCAUCAGUGGGAGGAGGAGAGAGACUUGGGAUUGUUUGUUGCCCGCAGGAGGAAAUCAAGGUGACCUGAUAAACCCAACAGAGACAAAUGUGACAAACUAGCGAGGGGAGCUGUUGUACCAAUCAGACGCGUCCUUCUUGCCACGAGGCAUUAUGUGUUCGGAUACCUGACCUGACCAGACGACUGAUAACUGCUCAUCUUGCUCUUUGAGGGUGAAUGUGUGGUUUCUGAGGGACCAUAUGGCACAAUACCACACGUUAUAGGUCCACUUUCUAUGAACUAACAUGGACAAAGUGGUCAUCAGUCUCCUGCUCCUGGGAACCGCAGUCAUGAUGGUCCAUGCAUGUCCCAAAUACUGUUCUUGCCAGAACCUCUCAGAGUCUCUCGGGACUCUGUGCCCCUCCAAAGGUUUGCUGUUCGUCCCACCGGACAUCGACCGGCGAACUGUGGAGCUCCGGCUGGGCGGCAACUUCAUCCUCAAGGUCACCACUCAGGACUUUGCCAACAUGACUGGUCUGGUGGAUCUAACCCUGUCCCGCAACACCAUCAGCACCAUCCAGCCUUUCUCUUUCAUUGACUUGGAAACCCUCAGAUCUCUGCACAUGGACACUAACCGGUUGACCGAGCUGGGGCCGGACGACCUUCGAGGGCUGAUCAACCUGCAGCACCUGAUACUCAACAACAAUCAGCUGAAUCAGAUCGCCGAUUCAACCUUUGAUGAUUUGUAUCCGACACUGGAGGAUCUGGAUUUGUCCUAUAAUAACUUGCGCAGCGUGCCUUGGGAAGCCAUCCGCAAGAUGGUCAACCUCCAUCAGAUGAGUCUGGAUCAUAAUCUCAUCAAUUUCAUAUCUGAGGGGACUUUUACAGAUCUAGAAAAACUGGCCCGUUUGGACCUCACCUCCAACCGUCUGCAGAAGCUCCCCCCGGACCCUAUCUUUGCACGCUCUCAGAGCAGUAUUGUGAUGAGCACUCCAUACACACCUAUGCUCUCUCUAAGCUUUGGUGGAAAUCCACUGCACUGCAACUGUGAAGUGCUUUGGCUUCGAAGGCUGGAACGUGACGAUGACAUGGAAACCUGUGCUUCUCCUGCCAGUCUCAAAGGACGCUAUUUUUGGUCUGUUCGUGAGGAGGAGUUUGUCUGCGAGCCCCCUUUGAUCACGCAACAUACGCACAAGCUGCUAGUCCUGGAAGGCCAAACGGCAAGUUUACGCUGCAAAGCUGUUGGGGAUCCAAUGCCAACCGUGCAUUGGGUUGCCCCUGAUGACCGUUUGAUCAGCAACUCCUCCCGUGCGACGGUAUAUGAAAAUGGCACCCUGGACAUUACAGUCACCACAUCCAAGGAUUACGGUGUCUUUACUUGCAUAGCUGCUAAUGCUGCUGGGGAAUCUACAGCCUCCAUUGAGCUAUCAAUUAUUCAACUCCCUCAUCUGAGUAAUGGUACAAAUCGUACCACACAAUCCAAGUCUGGGCUUUCGGACAUAACUAGCUCUACCAAGAUAAGUAAAGGGGAACCUAAACCUCCAGAAAAGGUGGUGACUGUAUCAGAAGUGACUGCUGUCUCUGCUCUGGUCAAGUGGACUGUGAGCAAAUCAACUCCAAAGGUCAAAAUGUUUCAGCUUCAGUACAAUUGUUCUGAGGAUGAAGUCCUCAUUUACAGGAUGAUUCCCAUGACGAACAGAGCCUUUGUAGUCACAAAUCUUGUCCCGGGGGUCCAGUAUGACCUGUGUGUCUUGGCCAUCUGGGAUGACACUGCUACCACCCUCACUGCCACCAACAUUGUCGGCUGCGUCCAGUUCAUCACUACGGAGGACUAUCCGCAGUGCCAGUCUCUUCACAGUGGAUUCCUGGGAGGCACCAUGAUCCUGGUCAUCGGUGGAAUCAUCGUGGCCACGCUGCUGGUAUUCAUCAUCAUUCUCAUGGUGCGCUACAAGGUGACCAGUGGUAUCAACACUAAUAAAUUACCCACUGUGAGCAACACGUACUCGCAGACCAAUGGGGGAUUGAACCGGUUCAACGGGGCUCCGCCGCAGGUCAAGUCUACAGUGGUUGUCAUGCGUGAGGAAAUGGUGGAGUUCAAGUGUGGAUCUCUCCAGAGCAGCCUCUCCUCAUCCUCCUCCUCCUCUAACUCAUUAGAGAGCCAACCAGGGAGAGGGGCUGGUGACCGCUACAGCAUGCAGGGCAGUGAAUGCAGCACCCUGCCCAGCAAGUUCAGGAGGCACGGGCAUAGCGCCAAAGCACGGCCAAACCUGGACCACCUUUUGGGGGCCUUUACCUCACUGGAGCUGCGAGGGGCAGCAAGGGACCAGCAAGGGACUUCUGGCCCUCCCACCGCUCCCAAUACUAUGAUGACGGUGGCUAUUGCUCCCCCGUCUGAUAAAGAACCUCUGCUAGGAAGGGCAGAGUCCACCACCAUGCUGGGACGUCUGCUGGGGCUACCCCAGGAGGGUAAGCCCAAGAGGAGCCACUCGUUUGACAUGGGCCAUGUGGGGUCCACGCAAUGUCGCAGCAACUACCCCCGCAGGAUCAGUAACAUCUGGACUAAACGCAGUCUGUCUGUGAACGGCAUGUUGCUGCAGUAUGAUGACAGCGAGGAUGAGAAGCCAACAUUUGAGAGCUCCGAGUGGGUGAUGGAGAGCACAGUUUGAGUGCAGUUGGUCUAACUGUGAGGUCUAUGGUCGAACUAUAAAGCUAUAUCAGGAACUAAAGGACCAUCAGUGCAGAGGAAGGCGUGUUCCGUUGGGAAUACAACUUUGCAUGAAGAUCAUCCAUGUGAAUACUGUCUAAGUAACUAUGUGUGAAAAGACACUUGAAUUAAUAGAUUCCUGGCCAUGAUCUCAACUCUCUGUCAGCCUCUCUCUGUAUUUGAAAAAAGAAAAAUCCAUUUUGAACAACACAGAAUGUUGGAUUGUGCAGAUAUAUGGCCCAUGUGGACUAAUUCCCAAUCUAGAGGGCACAUGAGAGUGUUCUCUGAGAAAAAAGGAGUUAAAAGUGGAUACACUGUCUCGCGCCAAGAGGAUUUUCCCCGACUGUGAAACUGAACUGAAUGCACAUCACAAUGUCAUGGAUCCUCAGCAUGAAAUGGGACUACUGCAAUGGUAGAGGGAGAAGGACCAGUGGAGCGAGUAGAGAAUUAAAGCAAAGUCAUCUUUAUUUUCAUCUGGGGUUUUCUAUCAUUUUUACUAUUUAUUAUUUGAGGUGAUUCAUCAGCAGGCAGACGCACACAGCUCUGUAAUGAGGUAGUUGUAGUUGUUGGAUCAAAAAUACACAGAAGCUACAGUGUCCCUUCACAUACUGCUAUCUCACAUCAUUUAAUUUAAUGCUUUAUAUCAAGUUUAAAUCAAUCACAACCGGACAACAAGGCAAAAACCAGUCCUAGUCUCUAGAUAUCGGUAACACUGAACCACAACAAGCCAGUCGUGUUUUCUACCUCAGGUUAUGUAUCAUAUGAGGUUAUUUAUAAUAUGAAUAGAAGUACAACCAGAAUUUAAUGUAAAUGGAUGGAUUGCAAACACAAAACCAAAGUUGUUUGCAAAAUAAUAUAUUUAGUUUCGAACCAAUUGAAUUCAGUAAGUUCUCAUCCUGCUGCAACAAAAUGUCUUUCUAAAUGCUUUGAUAUACUACCCCCCCCAUUGAUUGUGGGCUAAAGCUCCAUCGAUAUAAACAGAGAGUUCUCUCAGGGUAUGGUUUCAGAUGCUAUCAGCGCACACUACAGUAGCCAGAUGUGAAUGGUCUUUGAAAUCCAUAGGACCCCACAUAAUCACAUGAUUAAAACCACAGCGAGAUGUAUCAUUCAGCUGUGAUUCCCAACCGAGAGUGUGACAGCUGGUCAUUCCGCAAGGUUAAAUGGGGGAUUGAGUCCAAAAUCACAUUUAUUGUGCUGAUAAAGGUCAUGAUGCUGUUUGGGAGAGGACAGGGAGAAUGAAAAAUGAUUAAGGGCCAAACAGCUAAAAACCGUACAAGAAUGGUUCAACCUGUAUUGGUUUAUGUAUUAUUUUGAAUUGACUUAUUUAUCUCUCAUUCACUUUCAUACUGGACUGUACAUUGCAGUGAAAUACUUUGAAUUAUUGACUAUUCAGAUUAACCACAACAUCCCCACACAUUCUGAUGCCUUUCUCAGUACCCUGUUGGUCUCUGCUGCAUUUCAAGAUGUGGGGUGGUCAUCAUUUUUUUAUUAUUGUUUUCCUCCCUAGGUGUACUGUUCUGUAUAUUGGCAUUUUUUUUGUACAAUAACUGGGUGAGAAUGUAAAUGGGGGGGGGGUUGUGAAAUAGUACUCUUAUUUUCCUGUGAAGCAAACAGUGAGAAGGUGCUUUACUGUGGUGUAACAACUUGGUCAUUGUUAGUUGGCUCACUGGAAUGGUAUUUUACAUGACGGCAAGUGGAGAGAAGUGAGGGAGUGGCUGUUUUCAAAGGGCCAAUUCACCCAAAUUACAAAAAAGCAGGUUGUCUGGCUUAACUCAAGUUGUACUAAACCAUGUAAAUAUUAUUAGUUUUAUUUUCCCAGGGUUUGAUAUGUGCUUCUAUGAGAUGUCUACCUUAAUACAAUAUAUUUGGGGUCAGGGUGUGCAAAACGACAAGGUGAGACAAUAUGUGUCAAAUGUCAGAGAUCUGGCCACAAUGUUUAAACCAUACGAGUUGUCCCUUUUAAUAUAUAUCUGGCUAUUUUAAGUAUUUGUGAGCACAUUUUUGUCAAAUCAACUGUGCAAUAUUGGUUAUGUUUAGAUACAUUGAAAAUACAGAUGCAAAAAAUACUAUAUAUAUAUAUAUAUUACAACAAAUCCUAUGAAAAGACCACUGAUUUACAUUAAUACAAAAUAGAGUCGGUGUAUUUAAAACCUGAUAUUAACAUUUUCCUCUGUGCCUCCAUUGUUAUCCAAAAACUAUUAAAAAUACAUCAGUGAGCCACUCUGUCACUUGAACACACACACACACACACACUGUACCGUCAAUCCAAAAUACACAAAAAAUGAUGUAGCCUAUUGUGUAUUAAUCUGCUGCAGAAAAUAGUCCCCUGCUAAUGCACAUUGAGCAACUCAAGGUUGAGUGCAUCCUUUAUUAUUGUGUUGUUGUUUGUGGUCUUUUCAUGAGAUGUGUUGUUAAUAAGAAGAAUACAGAAUAUCACCAUUCGUCAGAGAUUGCAAUGCCUUUUGAUAAUUGAUAUUCCUGCAUAAAAUGUCAUAUCAUGAGGAUUUUAUCCAUAUUCCCCACUCCCAGAGUUAAGUGGAGGUAGAGGGUUUUAAGUUAAAACUACCUUAGCUCUAAAUUUAAUUUUCCUGUAAUGUUUGACAACAUGCAUUAUUGUUUUCAGAAAAAACUUCUUUGGAGGAUAUUUGGGAAAUAUGGAACGAUAAGUAGAAUUGCAACACCUUUUAGUUUUUGGUGAUGGAUAAAAAGUUUUGCGGAAAUCUGUCCAGAAGAGGUUAUGUGAGCUUCUUUCUGAUGCAUUGCUUAAUUAUUUUAGCAUCGUUUUGUAAAUACUUAAAGGCGACAAUCUCAAAGACAGAUAUCUCAAAUCCUGAACAAAACUAUUUUCACGGCUGGACUCCACAAGAGGUAUAUGAACAAAAGUUAUUUUUUUAAGUGAUUUGGGUGAAUGAACCCUUUAACUUCUCUACUUGUUGCAUCGUGUAACAAUCCCUUUUACUCUGCUAACUGAGAACACCAUUUAAGUGUGUACUUGACUCGACAUAGACAUGAUUCUCACCUGAGGUUCUAGGAUAAAAACAUGAAAAAAAAAACUGUUUCUGUGUGAAAACAUUUUGCUACAAAAGAAUAUAAAAUACUGAUUCAUUCCUAUGAA